AUAUAAAUACACAACCUUCGCUAAUUUUCCAGUGCAGGCCACACCCAAAUAUACAUAUAUAUAGUGAGGGGAGUCAGGAGAGUAGUGAAGCACAUAAGGAAGGAAAUUAAUAGAGGAGGUGAUAAUCAUGGGUGGUGAUUAUGAAAAGAGCAAGAAGAUACUGAUUUUCGGGGCUACUGGCUACCUUGGCAAGUACAUGGUGAAGGCAAGCGUCUCCAUGGGCCAUCCAACUUACGCCUACGUCCGCCCACUUAAACCUAAUUCCGAUCCUUCCGAUCCCAAGCUUCAGCUGCACAACCAAUUUCAAUCCAUGGGAGUCACCAUCUUCCAAGGAGAAUUGGGUGAACACGAGAAGCUUGUUUCAAUCUUGAAACAGGUAGAUGUAGUGAUUUCUACACUUGCAGUUCCUCAACAUCUUGAACAAAUCAAAAUAAUAAACGCCAUGAAAGAGGCUGGCAACAUAGAGAGAUUUGUUCCAUCAGAGUUUGGAAACGAAGUUGAUAGAGUGAAAGGUGCACUACCUCCAUUCCAAGGUCUGCUAGAUAACAAGAAGAAAAUCAGGAGAGCAACGGAAGCAGCUGGAAUAUGCUACACUUAUGUCUCUGCAAAUUCAUUUGCUGCCUAUUUCGUGGAUUACUUGCUUCAUCCCCAUAAUCAAAACCUUGACCAACUUACUAUUUAUGGAACUGGGGAAGCCAAAGCUGUGUUAAACUACGAAGAAGAUGUAGCAGCCUAUACGGUGAAAGCAGCUAUAGAUCCAAGAGUGUCCAAUCGUGUCAUCGUCUAUAGACCCCCAGCAAACAUUGUCUCCCAAUUAGAUUUGGUUUCUUCUUGGGAGAAGAAGACUGGACGCUCCUUCAAAACAACUCAUAUUCCUGAGGAAGACAUCAUCAAACUAUCUGAGACCUUACCGUAUCCGGGCAACAUACCGGUGGGAAUACUCCACAACAUAUUUAUAAAAGGGGAGCAGGUGAGCUUUGAACUCACAGAGGAUGAUUUGGAAGCCUCCAGACUCUAUCCCGACUACAAAUAUACUUCUGUAGAUCAACUCCUUGAUAUUUGUUUGGUUAAUCCUCCGAAGCCGAAAUUAGCUGCUUUUGCCUGAUUUCUUUUUCUUUGCCAACUCCAAUGUACUACCGUGCCAAAAAAACAAAAGUGUUGUUUUUGAAAAAUUGUGUCAGUUUAAUUUGUGAGAAUUACAAUUAUCCAAAAGUAACACUUUUUAUGAGACGAAGGAAGUACUUCUUUUAUGUUAUGCAUGUGUAUGGCUUCAUUCACUUUGACUGGUUCUAAACUUGACUAAAUCACCGCUGUAGUGACUUUUGGAGCAACCUUCCUCGCUUUCUAUGGAACUGAAUAAAGUGAUUUCCAUUUCUUCUGCA